AAAAGAGUAGUAGUGUAUUUCUCACUUCCAGAUUAGCUUCUUCGCCUUCAAUCAAACUCCUAAAGAGCAGAAAACAGAUAAGCAGAAAAUUUUCUCCGAUUUCUCUCUUUAAUUUUUGGGUAAUGAAAACCCCCAAUACUCAUAUAUUCUACUACUACUAUAUGUCUUCUUCUCACAUAAUACUACUACUCUAUUUCUUCUGCUCUUUAUCUUCAUUUCCGCCCAUUCUCAUAAACAAGGCAUUAUUGGUGACCUUCUAUUUAUUUGUUGGAUGAGAAGAUCUAGGUCACAAUAAAAUCAUGACAGAGAAUACUGAAAUUGAUGACCGCGUGGAUCUUGAUGACGAAAAUUACUCUGAGGAAGAUGAAGAUCCAGAACUGAUAGAAGAUGAUGGAGCUGGAGAAGUCGGUGAUGAAAAUGGUGAAGAGCAAUCAUAUGAUUCCGGAGGUGGGGAUAGUGGGACAGCAGAGUCUCCAGAAGCAGAUAUGGGUGACGUUCCGGAGCCUGCUACAGAUGAAGAAAAGCCUAGUGCUUCUCUUACUGAAGAAGACAAAAAAGAGCAUGCUGAACUUCUUGCUCUCCCUCCGCAUGGGUCUGAGGUUUUCAUUGGUGGGAUUCCUCGAGAUGUUUCUGAUGAAGACUUGAGGGAUCUCUGCGAACCAUUCGGCGAAAUACAUGAGGUCAGGAUCAUGAGAAAUAAGGAUACCGGUGAAAGCAAGGGCUUUGCCUUUGUAGCCUUCACAACAAAAGAUGAGGCACAAAAGGCUAUUGAAGAAUUACAUAGCAAAGAAUUCAAGGGAAAAACCAUAAGGUGUUCACUGUCAGAAACUAAAUACAGAUUGUUCAUUGGUAAUGUACCAAAGAGCUGGUCUGAUGAUGACUUCAGAAAGGUCAUUGAAGAGACUGGCCCUGGUGCAGAAACAAUAGAACUCAUAAAGGAUCCUCAAAACCCAGCACGUAAUAGGGGUUUUGCUUUCGUUGAAUAUUACAAUAAUGCCUGUGCGGAUUACUCGCGGAAAAAAAUGGCAAGUGCAAACUUUAAGCUGGAGGGAAAUUCUCCAACUGUCACAUGGGCUGAUCCAAAGAUUACACAUGAUCAUUCUGCUGCCGCUGCUCAGGUUAAAGCACUUUAUGUGAAAAGCAUUCCAGAAAACACAUCUACUGAACAGUUGAAGGAACUUUUCCAACGCCAUGGUGAUGUCACCAAAGUUGUUAUGCCGCCGGCCAAAAGUGGUGGCAAACGAGACUUCGGAUUUGUCCAUUAUGCAGAAAGGUCAAGCGCACUGAAGGCUGUUAAAGAUGGUGAAACAUAUGAAGUUAAUGGUCAGGUGUUAGAAGUAGUUCUUGCAAAGCCUCAGACUGAAAAGAAGUUCGAUGCAGCAGCCGGUCCUCACAAUGCUAUGCCCCAUCCUAAUUACAUUCCCCAUCCAGGAUAUGGUGCAUUUCCAGUGAAUCCGUAUGGACAUCUGAGUGCUGGUUAUGGUGCUGCUGCUGGGUUCCAACAGCAGCCUAUGAUAUACGGCAGAGGACCGAUGCCAGCAGGUAUGCAGAUGGUGCCAAUGGUUCUACCUGAUGGUCAGAUUGGCUAUGUUCUCCAGCAGCCAGGAGUUCAGGCACCAGCUGUUCGACCUCGGAGGAAUGAUAGGAGUAAUGGUGCUGGUGGACCACAAGGACGAGGAGGAUCCAGUGGUACUGGAGAUGAUUCCAACCGUGGUAGACGUUACCGACCAUACUAGUUCUGGUGAAAUGUUGUACUUGGUAGCAGUUGCUACUUACAUUGAAUGCCAGACCAGUAGCUCAGGACAUCUAUUUCCUACUUCGUCGUUAUUUAUGAAAAAAGAAAACGAAGUUAAAACAGUUAGACCAAUCUCAGCGACUUAAUGUGCAUUGUAACUAAACAAGGAUGUUGGAGAUGCAUUUUGCGUUCCAUAAUCGUUUGUCUGCUUGACUUUUAGUUCAUAAAUUGCUUCUCUAAUGUUG